AUGCUUGGCAAAGUCAUCAUCAUCCUGGUUACCUUCUUGCUUCAAGGUACAUUAUUAGGAAACGCAGUAACCUUUCAAACACCAGAUGUUCUCACAAUCUCUUAUAUCAAGAAUGAUCCGAAUUUUUAUAAGUAUUGUAAACAACAGUUAAAAAUGUG